AUAGUUUGAAAAUCUGUGGCGUAAACUGAAAUUUGAGGUUCAGUGUCAGUGCGAAUGAAGCUGAAAAAAAAACAAGUUUUUUAUGCGACCAAUGUUUCUGAUCCUUUCCCGGUAUCCGCCAGCUUUUCACUAACUGCACAAGGUACUUAUAGCGGCUCUAGGCGAUGACCAACCCCGUCCCCUUAGAACAGUACCAGGGCGAUCCAGGAGAAUCCGAAAGCAGCAGCUCCGAAUCCCCAGAGCCAAUGGAUCAGGACGAGAAUACUGGGGGUGGCCAGCGCCAAGCCGUCUCCCCGAUCAACAGUGCUGGUUCCGAUAAAUCCGAAAUAUUUGAGCCAGAUGACCAGCCGGAAUACUUCGAAGUUUGGAGCUCUGAUGCCACCAGCGAAGACGAGGAGGAAGAGGAGCUUGAACAGAAGUCAGCCCGACCGAAAAGGGUCGACGAGUGGAGCGAGACUAUGUCCAAAGACCGUAUCACCACGUUGACCUACAACGGAAUUCCUGGGAUACAGCUGCUGGACACUGAGAGAAAAUACACCGUGCUUGAAUGCUUCAAACUGUUUGUCGACGACGCAUUGAUCAAGUUGAUGGUGAUCGAAACCAAUAAGCAUGCCAGAUCGAAGUUUGUGCGCUACGGCUACCACGAAGGUUUCCUCUCCGGUUGGCUGGAUGUGGACUUCAAGGAAAUGAGCCAGUUCCUCGGCCUGCUGAUAUUUAUGGGCUUUAAGCGCUUUCCUGAAACUUCCUGCUACUGGAGCACCGAGCGCAUGUAUCGCAUGUCAGUGGCCUGUCGCAUUUUUACACAGACUCGCUUUCAUCGGAUUCUGGCCUUCUGGCACUUUGGAACCGAAGGCUCCGACACCGUCCUUGCAAAAAUCAACCCAUUAAUCAGUCGCCUGAACACCAAUUACAGAAAGUACAAGGAACCCGACCAGAUUCUCUACGUGGGCAGGAGUACCGUAUGUCUGCGCAACAAGUAUAUCUUCGAACCCUCGCUUGGGGCCGUGAAGAAGGGCUCGAAGAUCCUGAAAGUGAUCGAUCAGGAUGGGUACACGUACAAAACGAAGAUAUUGAAGACUGGGGCCGGCCGACGGGAGCAGACAAUGGCUGAUGUCCUGCAGGUGCUGGACGGAUUUUUGAAUCAAGGUCGUUUGAUUAUUUUCCACAAUCUGUGGAUUGGUCUUGAUCUGGCUGAGAAACUAUUGAGCUGCAAAUGCCACUCGAUUGGGAUGAUUCGGAAGAACUCGCGCGGAGCAUCCAAGGAGUUGCUGUCGCGCUCCAUUCAAGACGGCGAUCUGGUCGGCGUGCAAAACCCUCAGGGGAUCUCCAUUAUGAAGUGGCAGCUUUCGGGAGUGGAAUAUUUCGGCAUCUCCACCUGCCAUUCAUUGGAAACACCGCCGCAGAAGAAGCCCGCCAAGUCGCAAAGCGAAAGCACCACGAAUCCUGAAGAGAGCCAAGUGCCCACAUUUCUAAGAGACAUCGCACUGAGCGAGAGCAUUUUCGAUAUGCACGAGAAAUUCAACGUGAACACUUCCCCGGUUAACGAGCAGGUGAAAUGGUAUCAACGUUUCGCUUACGACGCCAUCGUCAACACGGCCACCGUGAACGCGCUGGUGCUGUACAAAGCCCUGAAUAAUGAAACGAUUAAAAUGUGGGACUUUCGGGACAAGCUGUUCCGGGAACUGGUCGACAUCAAGCAGUUGCCAAGCGUUUCCAGCGAUGAUGAAGCUGAGGAGCCCGACUUGGAGGACUGAGUGAGCGUCUAAUCAUUUUAAAUUUGAUCUGAUUUUUUACCUGGAGACAAUUGAUGUCUUGUCGCAAAACUCUUAUUUGUUUGUCAGUGCGUUUCCUUAAAUAUUUUUCAGUGAUAAUAAACAGCUAUUGAUGAAAA